AUGUCUGCGAGCAGCCAUGUACGCCCUCCUCAGGGCGACUCCCUGUUCGCCCCUCUAUCCAUUGACCUCAUGGUCAAGGUCUCCAAAGCGACAUUUCUGCAUCCCCUUGUGUGCUGGCUGAUUCCGCUGUGCCUCCGGGCGCAGACCGUCCGAUGGGAAGCUCCCCGCAUGAUUGCGUCGAUAGCGUGGGCCGCAUUCAUCUCGCUCUGUUGGAUGGCGGGCGUCAUCAACCAGCGCAUUGCGUAUGGGCUUCCGAGAGGGGUCGACCUGAGCGAGGAGGUGAUUGUGAUUACGGGCGGUGCGAGCGGGCUGGGCAUGCUGGUCGCUGAGGUGUACGGCAUGAGGGGCGCCAACGUCGCCGUGUUGGAUGUGAAUGAGAUGGAGAACGGGGAGGCGCGGGGCGUCACCUAUUACAAGUGUGACGUUGGCGACAAGGCACAGGUCAGCAAGGUUGCGGGCGAGAUCGAGAGGGAUAUCGGAACACCAACUGUGCUCGUCAACAACGCCGCCGUUGUCAUUGGCAAGUCUCUCCUCGAUCUGAGCUUGGACGAAAUCGACGCCAGCCUGUCCACCAACCUUCUUGGCCCAUUCUACUGCCUCAAGACCUUCCUCCCGGCCAUGAUCCGCGGCGGCCGCGGAGGCACCAUUGUCAACAUUUCCUCUGUUAUCGGACACCUCGGCGCUGCGAAAUUGACAGACUACGCUGCUGCCAAAGCUGGUCUGACGGCCAUGCACCGCUCUCUGACGGCCGAGUUGCGCGAGACACACCCCGAGAUUCGGACCGUGCUCGUCACCCCCGGACAGCUGAGCACGCCCCUAUUCUACGGAGUCCAGACGCCCAACAGCUUCUUUGCCCCCGUCGUGGAGCCCGUCGAUGUCGCCAAGGAGAUCAUUGGGGCCAUCGACAAUGGCAAGGGUGCGACGUUAGGCAUGCCGCUUUACGCCCGCUGGGUGGACUGGUAUAAUGUGCUGCCGGCUGGCGUGCAGGUUCUCGCGAGGUUGGUUGCAGGCGUGGAUAGAGGGAUGAGGACGUUUAUCGGCAGGCAAGGGCUGAGUGGUGAGCUGAAAAUUAGAUGA